UAGCGUUUUAUUAAAUGUAAACACGUGUGGUGAAUUGUUUUGUCAAAUUUUGGUAUUUUGAUCCGUUUUAAAGAAAAUGGGAAGAAAAAGAGAUCCAGCUGCCCUUGAGAAGCAAAACAAAGGCAAGAGAAAGAAAAAGUACAGCGUGCCAACAAUUCCUAAAACUGUGAAAGAUGAUGAAAGCUCAGAAAAGAAGUUCAGCAGUAGACAAAAGAAAAGACUGAAGAAGAGAUUGGAAAAAGCUGAACAGAAGAAGGAAGAGAAGAAAGAACAGCUUGUACAGAAAAAACAGAAUAAGAAAGCCACUCCUUCAAAAGAUGAAGGUGUGGUCGGAGCAGCCGCAAAAGGCGCGAAGGAGGGGAAGAAUAAAUAUAAGCGUAAACAUGCAGAGGAGAACAAUGUUGAAGAUGAAAGUGAGAGGGCCAAGAUUGACAGCAUCAUCAAGCAAGUGAAUGGAAAGAAUAAGAACAAGAAAAAACCUCAGCAAGUGCAGGAACCUGAAUCUGAUGAUGAUUCUGAUGCUGAUGAUUCUGAUUUUGAAAUGGAUGAUGAAUCUGGAAGUGACCCUGAACUUGAGGAUGACAGUGAUGAUAACAUUGAUGAAGAUGAUGAUGAGGAUGAUGAUGAAGAUGAUGUUAAAGGAUACACAGAUGAAAACCAGUCUUGGUUGAAACCUAAAUCCAAGAAAUCAAAGUCUCAGUUGCCUAUGGAUGAGAGUAGCGAUGAAGAAGAUAUGGCGGACGAUUUUGGAGGCUCCGAUGAAGAAGAUGAUGACAGUGAUGUAGAGGAGGAGGAAGAUGAAGAAGGAGAUGACGAUGAACAGAUGUUACCAGUUGAGAAGGCAGCCAAAAAGUUGAAAAAGAAGGAGAAAAAAGAUAAGCAAUUGGCAGAGGAUGAGUUACAGACAAACAUCGCCCAAUCAGAGACGUACACACUGCCCAGCGGACAGGAGAUCCACAAGGAAGCUGCUGCGCCUGACUUAGCUCUGGUUCAACAGAGGAUCAAGGAUAUUCUUCAUGUGUUGGCGGAUUUUAAAAGCCGCAGACAAGAGGGCAGGAGUCGUUCGGAGUACCUGACUACCCUGACAAGGGACUUGUGCCUGUACUACAGCUAUAAUGAGUACCUCAUGGAAAGGCUGAUGGCACUCUUCCCCACAGAGAUCUUGGAUUUCCUGGAAUCCAAUGAAGUUCCACGUCCUGUGACCAUCCGUACAAACACACUAAAGACUCGUCGACGUGACCUGGCACAGGCGUUGAUAAACCGCGGUGUAAAUCUUGACCCUAUCGGGAAGUGGUCCAAGGUGGGACUGGUUGUCUAUGACUCACAGGUUCCUAUUGGGGCAACACCGGAGUACCUAGCUGGUCACUACAUGCUACAGGGGGGCUCCAGUUUUCUUCCAGUAAUGGCUCUAGCCCCUCAGGAGAAUGAGAGAGUAUUAGACAUGUGCUCGGCACCGGGAGGGAAAACUACUUACAUAGCGGCCCUUAUGAGGAACACAGGCAUGCUGUUUGCCAAUGAUGCGAACAAGGACAGAGUUAAGGCGAUCAUCUCCAACGUACACAGAAUGGGUAUUACCAACACGGUCAUCUCUGACCAGGAUGGCAGAAAGUUUGGGGAGACUAUCAAGGGUUUUGAUCGAGUGUUGCUAGAUGCCCCCUGCAGUGGUACAGGGGUCAUCUCAAAAGAUCCUGAGGUGAAGGUCACAAAGGAUGAGGCGGACAUUCAGCGCUGUUCUCAGCUGCAGAAGGAACUACUGCUGGCUGCUAUAGACUGUUGUGAUGCCAAGUCUAAGACAGGGGGAUACAUUGUGUACUCCACAUGUUCAGUUAUGGUCGAAGAAAAUGAGCGAGUAAUAGACUACGCAUUGAAAAAGCGAAAUGUGAAACUGGUUCCUACGGGGCUGGACUUUGGCAAGGAUGGAUUCGUCAAUUUUGAGAAGUUUCACUUUCACCCAAACCUUAAGCUGACCAAGAGGUUCUACCCCCACACCCACAACCUGGACGGGUUCUUUGUGGCCAAGCUGAAGAAAUUCUCUAACAAAAUACCUGGCAAAGAUGACAAGAAGGCUGACGAUAAACUAGGAGAGCUUGGAGGAUUCUUUGAUUCGGAGGAAACAGAAGAAAAUGCAGAAGAAGUAGAAGCAGACUCGACUACAUCACCAACUAGUGACAAACCAAGUGAUAAAGCAGAAAAGAAAAACAAAGACAAAAAGAAACAACCCAAUAACAAAUCAAGUAGCACUAAGAAGGACGAGACUAACACUAAAUCUGAUAACGCUGAUGAGGGUUCUAAAGAUGGACAGAAAAAAUCUGGACAGAUACAAAAAGGUGGCAGUCCUAAUAAAGGCGAAAAAGGACAGUUGAAUAAGAAAGAAUCUAAUCACAAUAAGAAAAAAUGGAAUAGUGAUAAGAAGGGGAAUGGUGUCGGAGGGCCUCCCAAGUUUAAACCUGGCCAGUUUAAGAGGUUCAAGGCAGGGGGUGGGGGAAAGGGGAAGGGCAAAAAAAGUUGAUAAUGCUGAUUUAAAUUGUUAAAGAUUUAAGCUUUGUUGUUGAUGAUGUCAGGAUUAUAACUACAGGCACUAUAAAAACAGUUAAGAUUUAUGAAAGAAUGUUUAGCACCAUAGUGUCAUACCUUAAAAUAAAGAACAACUUUCUAGGUAUAUAUCAAAUGGAAUUUAUGAUGUAUUGCAACAAAAAUCAUGGUUGAUCAGAACUGUAUCAUCACAUGUUCCUUAAAUGGAUUUGUAUCUUGUAUCUAAUAUGAAGAUUGUAAAAUUUAAUGUUAAAAGAUGUGAUCAUUUUCUUGUUAGGCUACUACUACUCAGGUUAGAAAUGUCAAUGUUAUUGACUAAUUAUUGAAGAACAUUUCUAAACAAUUCUUGACAGAACAUAACUCUGUUUGUUAGUUGUCUUGGGUUUCCAUUUGCUGUGUGUUAAAGCAUCUAAUUAGGUAUAUAAAUAAGACCAUGAUAUUAAGAUGCAACUGGGGCAAUAUUAUUCUACCUGUUGAUGAACUUUUUUUUUAAUUAGGACAGACAUUUUAUUUUACCAGAUUACUGAACUUUUAAAUGCCAAUUUUAUGAAUGGCUUUAUGAAUGAAAUAAAGAAUAAAAUUAUU